ACCGUCACAGCCGCCGACCAAUCAGACAGCUGCUAAAAACCUUAGCUAGCUACCUAGCUACCCUUCUGUAGUCCCUGUCAGAAAGUUAAAACACAAGCAAAACACAGCACAGAAGUGCGGAUUAAACAGGAACUAUAUUAUACAUUUCUAUUUCUCAGGGUCCCCGCUGCAGUCUGAUGGGUUCAUGUUAACGGCCAGCAGAGCGGAGCCCGUUCAGCGCCAUGGCCCUCGCCGAGGAGCAGCCGGAGAAACACUGUUGGGUGUGUUUUGCCACGGAGCGAGACGACCACAGUGCGGAGUGGGUGAGCCCCUGCAGGUGUAAAGGCUGCACUAAAUGGAUCCACCAGGCCUGUCUGCAGCGCUGGCUGGACGAGAAGCAGAAAGGAAACAGCAGCGGAGCGGUCAGCUGUCCCCAGUGUGGCACUGAAUACCACAUCACCUUCCCCAAGAUGGGCCCGUUGGUGUAUUUCCUCCAGCAGGUGGACCGAGCUCUGACCCGGGCCAGUCCGUUUGCUGCCGUCGGCGUGGUGGUCGGGACCGUCUACUGGUCCGCCGUCACAUACGGAGCUGUGACCGUCAUGCAGGUUGUGGGUCAUAAGAAGGGUCUGUAUGUGAUGGAGCGAGCUGACCCUCUCUUCCUGCUCAUGGGUCUGCCCACCAUCCCCGUGGUGCUGGUUCUGGGGAAGAUGUUCCGCUGGGAGGAUUAUCUGGUGAGGCUGUGGCAGAAAUACUGCUACAAAGGGAAGCUCCCACCAGGUGGCCGGAGGUACGUUCCCCGGGUCCCUGCUGACGGGUUCGGAGCCGGAGACCACCUCUCUGUGUCCAGGACUCUGUGUGGAGCGCUGGUCUUCCCCUCGAUCGCCAGUCUGGUGGGACGCCUGCUGUUCAGACGCAUGCCCUCUAAUCUGCAGCGCACUGUGCUGGGCGGCAUCGCAUUUGUGUUGAUUAAGGGAGCGCUGAAGGUGUAUUUCAAACAGCAGCAGUGCGUCAUGCAGAGCAGCCGCAACAUCCUCAACUACCCCGAGAGGAACGGAGACGGACAGAACGACGGUGGAGAGGACGACACGGAGGACACAGAGGACAGUGGAAACGAAUAGUAGAGAGAGAGAGAGAGAGAGAGAGAGA